UAUUGGGUAUUUCUUGCACUAGUAUAGGUACUGCUUUCGUCAGAGAUUAUCUCCUUUUUCGUGUUGGUUAUAUUAGUAACAUAUACUUUUAGAAUGGUUGUACGGCCGUACAAUGAGGAAUUAAAAUAUCUUGAAAAAAUCAGCGAUUGUUGCUGGCGAAUAAAAAAAGAAUUUCAACCCAAUAUGAAAGUAGAGGGUUGUUUUUAUGUAAAUAGCCGAUUAGAGAGGCUGAUGCUGGAAGAGUUAAAAAAUUCUUGUAGGCCGGGAGCUGUUGGAGGUUUCUUGCCUGGAGUGAAGCAAAUAGCAAAUGUAGCGGCCUUACCGGGCAUUGUAGGUCGUUCUAUCGGUCUUCCAGAUAUACAUUCUGGAUAUGGGUUCGCUAUUGGAAAUAUGGCAGCAUUCGACAUGAACGAUCCCACUUCAAUUGUAAGCCCCGGAGGUGUCGGAUUUGAUAUUAACUGUGGAGUUCGCUUACUGCGAACAAACCUCUUCGAAAAAGAUGUUCAACCAGUAAAAGAGCAAUUGGCCCAAUCUCUUUUUGAUCACAUACCUGUUGGUGUUGGGUCAAAAGGCAUAAUUCCUAUGAAUGCUCAUGAUUUGGAAGAAGCUUUAGAAAUGGGAAUGGACUGGUCUCUUCGCGAAGGAUAUGUUUGGGCAGAAGACAAAGAACAUUGUGAAGAGUAUGGUCGAAUGUUGAAUGCAGAUCCUUCCAAAGUUAGCUUACGUGCAAAAAAACGAGGCCUGCCCCAAUUAGGAACAUUAGGUGCGGGCAAUCAUUAUGCUGAGAUACAAAUUGUUGAUGAAAUAUAUGAUAAAUGGAGUGCUAGUAAAAUGGGCAUAGAAGAAAAAGGUCAAGUAUGUGUUAUGAUACAUUCGGGAAGUCGUGGUUUUGGGCAUCAGGUGGCUACUGAUGCUUUGGUGCAGAUGGAAAAAGCCAUGAAACGAGAUCAAAUCGAAACCAACGACAGACAAUUAGCUUGUGCCCGCAUAAAUUCUCAAGAGGGUCAAGACUAUUUAAAAGCAAUGGCAGCAGCUGCAAAUUUUGCAUGGGUGAAUCGCAGCUCAAUGACGUUCCUUACCCGCCAGGCUUUCGCUAAAAUGUUCACUACCACACCUGAUGAUCUUGAUAUGCAUGUAAUUUAUGACGUUUCUCAUAACAUCGCCAAAGUGGAGAAUCAUAUUGUGAAUGGCAGAGAAAAACAGUUACUUGUACAUAGGAAGGGGUCCACGCGAGCGUUUCCACCACAUCAUCCCUUAAUACCGGUUGACUACCAACUUACUGGACAACCGGUAUUAGUCGGAGGUACAAUGGGUACAUGCAGCUACGUUCUUACCGGAACUGAGAAGGGAAUGAAUGAAACAUUUGGAUCCACAUGUCAUGGAGCAGGUCGAGCUUUAUCACGAGCUAAAUCUCGACGUAAUUUGGAUUAUAAGGAUGUACUCGAGAAGCUGGAAGAAAUGGGAAUUGCUAUACGGGUCGCAUCUCCCAAGCUCGUUAUGGAGGAAGCACCUGAAUCGUAUAAGGAUGUAACUGAUGUCGUUGAUACAUGUCAUAUAGCUGGAAUUAGCAAAAAAUGCAUAAAGUUACGUCCAAUUGCUGUAAUAAAAGGUUAAAUAUAGUUAAUUUUGAAAACUCU